UAAAAGGCAGGCGCACUUGCUCUAGUUCAGGCACACUUCAACAAACUCUCUCUAAACGCACUUCCUACUAACCACUCUCAGUUUUACCAGCAUAUGGAAAUGGAAGACCAGAUGGAAAGCCAGAAGAGGAGAGGAAUGAGCAAAGAGGACUUGAUAUCCGAACGCACAGGAUCUUUGGGAGUGUGCGGCUGGGUCAUAGUUAUACUUGCUGGCCUAUUCACAGUUCUGCUCUUCCCCAUAACGAUCUGGUUUUGUCUGAAGAUCGUUCAGGAGUAUGAGCGAGCUGUCAUCUUCCGACUGGGCCGCAUCACAGACAGGAAGCCUAAAGGGCCAGGAAUUUUCUUUGUUUUGCCAUGCACGGACUCCUUUGUGAAAGUGGAUCUGCGAACCAUUUCAUUUGACAUCCCACCACAAGAGAUCCUGACCAAAGAUUCAGUUACAGUUAGCGUAGAUGGCGUGGUCUACUUCCGCGUCAGUGACCCCAUCGCAUCUGUGGCCAACGUUAGCAAUGCUGACUUUUCCACCCGCCUGCUGGCACAAACCACCCUCAGAAAUGUCCUGGGAACCAAGAACCUGGCUGAAGUCUUGUCUGACCGCGAGGGCAUUGCUCACAGCAUGCAGUCUAACUUGGAUGAAGCCACAGACAACUGGGGGAUCAAGGUGGAGCGUGUGGAGAUAAAAGACGUGAAGCUGCCAGUUCAGCUGCAGAGGGCCAUGGCCGCUGAGGCCGAGGCUGCGCGAGAGGCCAGGGCUAAGGUGAUCGCAGCAGAGGGUGAGAUGAAUGCAUCCCGCGCCCUGAAGGAGGCUUCCCUUGUGAUUGCCGAGUCUCCCUCAGCCCUUCAGCUUCGCUACCUCCAGACUCUCAACACCAUCGCGGCAGAGAAGAACUCCACCAUUAUCUUCCCCUUGCCCAUGGAUGUCAUCUCCCACUUCAUGAGGAAGUGAGGUCGCCGGCUUGAUGAUGCCUCCGGCUUGAUGAUGCCUCAGCCUGUUGCUCAUCGCGAAGCUUGAAUCAAACAACUGGGUUGCAUAUAUGUGCAUAAAAA